AUAUCUGUGUUUCGGUUAGAGUAGCGUCACCUUAUCUUCUCUACAUCGUGAUAUACAAGCAUAGAACGCAGUAGUUAUUAUCAAUAGGUUUAUCAGACACACUGUCGAAAUAUAUUGAGAUGCUAAAUUCCCAAAAAAAUCUCAUUUCUCAUCAUGAUGAUUCUCGUUUCAUUAAUCAUUAUCAAAUAACAACAUAUUAAUUAUGAAAUCAAACGUACUUCACGCGUUACUUCUAGUCUAGUAGACUACAGUUCGUUUAUUAUAUAGAUUUCGUGUGAGAGUAAGUUGAUCAACUGAUUAGAAUUAUACUCCAAUUUUAACGUAAAUAAAGUUAACCGGCUUCAGCGUGGAAAAUGAUGCACGUUUAAAUGAGUAUAAUAUUGAAUCAUGUCCAAAACACUAUCGUCUAUAUUAAAACAGACUGUCACGUGCGUGCGAUUGUACAGUAGUACAGUGAUCAAAAACUGUGUAUCGCCAAACGAAGAUUUAGUUAAACGUUUAGAAACCGUUUCGUUGGUCGGUUUCUCAGAAAGUAGUGGGUUUGACGUUUUAAGUGCAUCAAUUGAAUUCGCAGAUUCCAUAACGCGAAUAGAUACCAAAGGAGUAAAGCCACUAAUCACUGUACUAGAAACUUGAUUUUGGACACAUAACAUGGGAAAACAUAAAGCACAACCUUCAGAAAAGAAAAUUAAACAGGCUAAAGUUAUAACAACAAAAUCUAAAAAAGCAAAAGUUAAGAAUGUAAAACAAUUCAAGAAUACUAAGAAUAUAAAUAAUACAAAGGGUGUUGCUCAAGAUACCAAUGAAACAACUGAUAGUGCUGUACUUGAGCUUGUGACAAAGCAUCCAGAACUGAAACAAACAUUUGAGUAUGUUUUAUAUUCUAAUAAAUAUAAACAUACAUUAACUGAUGUAUUUAAUAUAAUAAAAAUGCUUAUGGGAAAAUUAGAAGAAUUACAAAAUCAAGAAGUUGAUAUUCAAAAUAUUUUUGAAACCAUUAAUCUUAAUUAUAAGAUUAGAGGAUUAAUACAGAGUACUGCUAUAAAUCUUUCUCAUGUAGUGCAACAGUUAAAUAUAAAUGAAUCUACCUUUUUGACUUUUGCUCGUUGCUUUAAUCCUAUUAACACCAUUAAUAGUAAUCAGAAUGAAGAAACAGUUUUAUCUAAAGAAAAUCAUGUAAAUCAUGAAAUACCUUUACAUUUUGAAAAACCUGCUUCUAUCAGAGUUAGGUCGCAAGCAGAAUUAAAUAAUGAUUAUCCUAUGCUUGAUAAAAUCAAAACUAAAAAUGGAAGUAUGUAUACUAAUUUGACGAAGAAGAAGGGCAUAUUUGGUUCAAAAGAUACUGUUGUACUAUCAUCAGAUGAUGAAAUUGAUGAAUCUAGGUAUUAUGACAAGUAUAUAAAGAGAAGUUUAUGGGGAGAACCAAAAAAAAGUGACGCUGAAGAUCUUGAAAGUUAUGCUAUAGGAUCAGAUUUCACUGAAAUUUUAUCUGAUGAUGGUUGUAAUGAUGUAACUCCACCAACAAUAGAAAAACGUGAAAGUACUGUUCCAAAAUCUGUCUCUGUGCAUAAAACACCAAUACAAACGUCUAAAAAGUUAAUUAGACCCAAAAUAUCUGAUGAAGCAAUAAAUGAAGCAAGAAAAUUAGAUAUCCACCAUAGAAAACGUUUACAAGAACAAAACUCAUUAAUUUUGAAUAUUGUAAAAAAACUGAAUCUUCAAACAAAUGAUAUUGUUUUAGAAUUUGAUAUAGCAAAUCAGAAGCCAUCUAUUAUUAUAAAUAAGGAAUUGGCUAAAGUAUUAAAAGCACAUCAAGUUGAAGGUAUUAGGUUUUUAUGGGAUAUGGUUUUUGAGUCUGUAGAAAAAACAAAUUUGACUGAAGGAACUGGUUGUAUUUUGGCUCAUCGUAUGGGCAUUGGUAAAACAUUACAAAUAAUUGCUUUAAUAUAUACAAUACUUUGUGAACCAAGAAUACAUAUUAAGACAUUUUUGAUAAUUUGUCCCCCGGGAUUAAUUUAUAAUUGGAUUGAUGAAAUAUAUAAAUGGUUGAAAGAUAUUGACAAAAGUGAAAUAUUGAAAGUGUACGAUUUACCGAAAACCAACAAACUAUACAACAUUACUAAUAUAGCUACUUGGAAGACAAAAGGUGGUGUACUUGUACUUAGUUAUGAAAACUUUAAAUCACUGGUUAAUUGCAAAGAAAGUGAUUUACGUGAAGCCUUCUGUCACACUUUAAUUGACCCUGGACCAGAUGUUGUCAUCCUAGAUGAAGGACAUUACAUAAAAAAUACUCAAACAAAACUGUUGAAAAAUCUAUCGCUGUUAAAAACCAAAAGGAGAAUAGUAUUGACAGGUACACCUUUGCAAAACUCAUUGAAAGAUUAUUUUACUCUGGUAGAUUUUGUUAAACCAAAUAUCUUAGGAAAUUACAAUGAUUUUGUAUCUAUAUUUAUCAAACCUAUUGAUUCUGGCCAAUUUCUAGAUUCCAGUGAUGAAGCUGUUAAAACAAUGAAGGAAAGAACAUUCAUACUGCAUAGGCUUUUAAGAAAUACGGUGCACCGCAUAGAUGACAGGAACUUAAAGCCAUUAUUUACAGAUAAAAUUGAAUAUACCAUUGAGAUUAAUAUGUCUGAAUUUCAGUGUGAAUUGUAUGAGAAAUUUUUACAUUAUGAUCAAAAAUCAAAUGAUAAAUCAAAUGUAUUUUGGCGUUUGCAUGUCUUAACACUAAUAACAUUGCAUCCUUUAACAUUAUAUAGACUUAUACAUCUCAAAAAUUGUAAGCAAGCCUCAGAUCCGGGGAUGACAAAGUUUGAUGAAAAUUUAACUAAAAGUUUGAAAUGGGUAAGUGAUUAUAAAGAAGAUCCAAGAUUUUUUGAAGCUAGACAGAGUAAUAAAAUUACUUUUGUGUUGUCUAUAAUUGAUGAAUGUCAAAAGAGAAAUGAAAAGCUACUUUGUUUUCUGAAAUCACCUCUUGCCAUGGAUGCAUUGGAGUAUUUUCUACAACAAGAAAAAAGUUGGAUUUUAGGAGAACAAUAUUUUCGCAUGGAUGGUAAAACUCCGUUAUCUAUUAGAAAUCAAAUGUGCGAAGCUUUCAAUACACCAGAAAAUCCUGCUAGAGUUUUUAUAUUGUCAAUGGGUACUGGUGGUCUUGGAUAUAAUAUGGUUGGUGCAAACAGAGUAUUAUUGCUCAACGCUUCAUGGAACCCAAGUGUAGACAUACAAGCAAUUUAUAGAUGUUUGCGUUUUGGACAAACCAAAAAUGUGUUUGUAAAUAGAGUUUUAGCUAAAGGAACUGUUGAGCCAAAAGCAUAUUAUCGGCAAAUUUCAAAACUUGGAAUGGCAAGUAGUGUUGUUGAUUUGCAACAUUUCAAUAGAAAAGUUUCAUUUAGUCAAACUAAUGAUUUAUUUACCUUUGAUUCGUCUAAUCGCUAUAACACACUAGUACCUAAUACUAAAGAUCCUGUUUUAAAUCAGCUGAUCAGAUGUAACUUAGGGUCAAUUAAUAAUGUCAAAGAACAUGAUUCCAUGUUUGUAGAAUCUAUGGAAAGUCAGUUAACAAGCGAAGAAAGAAAAGCUAUUUGGUUGGCGUAUAAAAAUAAUGAAUUAGGUUCAAAAAUAAUAAAAUUUAAAGGUCCAAUGCUUCAAGAAAUUGAACAAGUUAUGGGAAUAAAAGUCCCAGAAAAUAUUGGUGUUGGAUUAGAAACUAAUGAUUUUCUUAGUAUAUCACAGAACAACUUGGAACAAGUUCCUUUACCACAGUUUUUUAACCAAAGUUCUUCUUCAUAUUCAUCUUGUAGUGAAUUUAAUAGAAAAAAAUUAUCGACACCCACUGGAACUCAUACAAAUUAUCGUGCGUGUGAUAAUUUAAAUAGAUCAUUUGAUGAACCUAUACAAAACCAAUUUAGAAAUUUUCAAAAUAAAACUUUUAGCCAACACAAAAAAUUUCCAUUUGUGACACACCCGAAAAAUACAUUUAGACAUCACCAAAAUACAAGUGCAAGAGGAGCAGUUAAUCAGAAUCCGGAAGUAAACAUUCAACCCAGAAACUAUUUCAAGCAAACUGAAGAACGAAAUAAUCUGUCAAGAGUUUUUAAUCAACAAGAAAAUGGACCAUCACGGGAGACUAAUAAUUAUCGUGGGCAUCAAAGUCGGUACACUAGUUACCACAAUCGUACACAUUACAACAAUAAUAUUCAUAAUCGUUCUGGAAAUUCCAGAUGAAAAGAAGACUGAUACAUUUUUUUUUUAAACAAAUAAUGUAUAUUUUCCUUAACUACGUUCAAAGCACACCUGUAAAAUAUUCCAUAAUAUUAUACUGUUUAUAUAUUUGUUGUUUGUACUCGAAUACAAAAAACAAUUCAAAAGUAGAAUAAGUUUUAUUUACCAUUCAUUAAGGUUUUGUAUAUU